AUGGCGACGACCGUCUCGGCAACCCCUCCGCAACCAGCGCGACCAGCGCAACCGUCACAAGCAGCGGGCAAGAUGAAACGCCCUUCUCAGCCGGCUUCUCAGUCAGCUGCAAAUUCAGCUCCGGGUAAUUCGUCCUCGACGACUUCUCCCACGAUGUCCAAGAAGACCGCGCCGGGGUCGAAGCAACCGCCGAAUGCUACAGCCAAUGGAACAACUCCCAAUGGUAUCGCGCCGAAAGCGAAUCGUCAGCGGAAAGAUUCGCAGCAAACCAAUGGACGCAUCUCGAAAAAUGCGGGGAGGCGGUUCAGCGGCGAAGGUGGAAAGUCUUCGGGAAGAAAUUCGCCUCCACCUCUAGUGAGAACAACUGCCCACAUCCUCCGAAAGUAUCGUGACGCACCACCGUCUCUAAUUAUUCACCUCCAUCCGACCCACUUUAGAUUUGAUCAGCAAGAUGGUAGCUUCGGAUAUAAUUCCCCUAUGAGAGUCAUUCUUGAGCACAUAAAGGCCCAAACAGUGCCCUACGAUAUGCUCGAGGAGAUGUUCGCCGCGGGAGUUAAGUUUUACGACGGAUGCUUGAUCGUACAGAUCCAUGAUCACAGGUCGGCGACACCAUCGCCCGCGGGAGUAGCUUCUAAUGCGACAAAGGGAGAAAAGAAGACUCCUUUCUCACUGCAUAAUUACAAUGAACACCUAACGCCGUCUCCCUAUGUACCAUUCCCAACGGCAGAUCAAGGAGCAAAGAAGGAGGGUGCAGAUGAGACAAACGUAGCAAAUGUCGAGACUGCCAAAUCUCAGACACAGACAAAUGAUGCUCAACCGGCUGCAGAUCAAGCUCCAGACGGACAAGCAGAUGGCACGGUGCGGGGACCCAAGAUAUACACAACUGUGCUGCAUUCUACCCAACUAUCGCUACACGCAGAGAUGACAAUAUAUGCCACUACCCCUGAUUUGCGGGGAACAGGCAAACGACAAUCACAGGCGCAAGCUGCCAGCGGUGGAGCACAAAGCGGACAACACCCGGCAAAGAGGCAAAAGAUGAUGCUUGACGAUAGAAAUUUUGCAGAUUUUGAGGCAAAGGUAUUACACCACACGCAUUCGCGACUGUUCCUCGACCCAGUAGAGACUCCCUUGGAGGCGCAGAGACUCCUUCAUGCGCUCAGGGAUCCGUUACACUCGAGUCGACCUCCGCCUCCAAAAGUUCGCAAGCGGACUGUCGCAGAACUUGCAGCAGACGAAGCCCAAGCCGCAGAGGAAGAGAGGUUUAUGCUUAUCAUGGACGAGCGUCUUGCUCCUGGCGUUACAGCUGGAGCUGGAGCCAAGGCCGCAGCGGCAGCAGACGGGCAAGCAGGAGCAGGAUCUUUUGAACCUAGAUUUUCCAGAUUCAAGGCACUUGAAAAUAUCAAGAUGCAAUAUGAAGAAAAGGAAAAGAAGAAAAAGGAGAAGGAGUUACAGGAACAGCUCGUCAAACGACAACAGCAGGAACAGCUGGAGCGGGAACGGCGCAAGGAAAUGGAAGAGAAGGCCAGACAAGAGCACCAAAUGCGGGAAAUGCAGAUGCGGCAGCAACAGCAACAGCAAGCUCGGCUUUUACAAGCCCAACAACAACAAGCUGCUCAGGCACAACAGCAACAGCAACAACAGCAACAACAGGCAGCUGUCGCACAGCAGCAACAACAACAACAACAGCAGCAGCAAGCCGCCCAAGCAGCAUCCCACGCCCACCCUCCUCAACAACAUCUCCCACAGCAAAUACCUGCUGGGCAAGGCUCUCCUCCCGUUGUUCGCAAUCAGACCCCUCUCAAUUCUUCUCCGCUGGUGGGAAGCAUGAUGACCGGUGCAGCCAGCGUGCCCAUGAACAUCACUGCCAGCCAAACAGGCGGCAGUCCUCCACGACCUCCAUCUGCGGCACAACAUGCACACCCAGCCGUAGCAGCGGCGAUGGCUCACCAACUGAGCCAGCAACGCAGCCAAGCACCCAGUCGCAACGGUACACCUCAAAUGCCACAUGGCACGCCCAACCUGCAACAAGCCACACCAGUCGUACGACAUGUCACUCCCACUCCGCGUAUGAGCCAAGCCAGCCCUGCCGCUGCAGCUCUAUCCCACACGCCCGUCAUGAACCAAAAUAUUAUGAUGGCAACGCCGCAAAUGCAAAGCGCACACCUAACUCCCCAACAACAAGCCGCUCUCCUCCAACGCCAACAACAACAGCAAUUUAUCCAACAACUCCAGCAGCAACAGCAACAGCAACAGCAGCAGCAAAUGCACGGCUCGCCCACUCAAAUGAAUCAAAUGACACCUCAGCAGUUCGCCCAAUUACAAGCUCAACAGCAGCAACUCCAAGCCCAGCAGGGACAACAACCACAAGGGCAAAUGCCAAACAACUCCCAGCAGCAGCAAUACCAAGCGCAACUCGCCCGCCAAACGGCAGCCAUGAUGAACAGCGUCGCUGCCAACCAACAAGCUGCUGCUGCUGCCGCUGCCGCCGGAAACCCCAACCCCGCUGCGGCGGCUGCAGGGGGUAUGCAGAUGCCUGGUCCUGCCGGCGCUGCACGCACCUUCCAGCAGCAGCAACAGCAGCAACUUCAGCUUCAGGCCCAGAAGAUGCAUUAUCAGCAAAUGAUGCAGCGUCUUGCCCACCAGUACGGGGGUGUCCAAUCCAUCCCCCCGCAACUGAUCCAGCGCGUCAGGCAACAGGCCAUGGGCAUGACCAUGAACCCCCAGCAGAUGCAGCACAUGCUUCAGCAGCAACAGCAGCAGCAGCAAAUGCUGGCACAAAUGGGCCGUGGCAUGAUGCCCGCUGGAGGCAUGCAGGGUAUGGGCGGCAUGGCGGGUAUGCAAGGACAGGGCCAGGGCCAGGGGCGAGGUGUAUAA